UUAUAUUUAUGUAUAUAAACAAAACAAUAAUAAUGUUAGGUUAAAGAAUUCGGGGCUUCUAUAAGAAGAGAGUAACAUGUAUUCAUUUCAUUCACCAACUCCUUUUCUAUAUCAAUGGCCACUAAAGUUUACAUUGUGUACCAUUCUGUGUACGGACAUGUUGAGAAGCUAGCUGAAGAGAUUCUAAAGGGGGCUGCAUCAGUAGAAGGAGUAGAAGCAAAACUCUGGCAGGUACCUGAAAUAUUGUCUGAAGAAGUCCUAAGGAAGAUGAAAGCACCUCCAAGGAGUGAAGUACCAGAUAUUUCACCUAAACAGCUUGCUGAUGCUGAUGGUUUUUUGUUUGGUUUUCCAGCAAGAUAUGGAAUGAUGUCUGCUCAAUUCAAAGUAUUUUUUGAUGCAACUGGAAGUUUAUGGAACAAACAAACACUUGCAGGAAAGCCUGCUGGCUUCUUUUUCUCCACUGCUUCUCAAGGAAGUGGCCAAGAGGAAACACCGUUUACAUCUAUUACUCAGCUUGUUCACCAUGGCAUGCUUUUUGUACCUAUUGGAUACACAUUUGGUGCUGGAAUGUUUGAGAUGGAAAACGUGAAGGGUGGAUCACCAUAUGGUUCAGGAACUUUUGGGGAACAUGAAAUAGGAGAACCUAGUGAGUUAGAAUUGGCUCAAGCUUUCCAUCAGGGAAAAUACUUUGCUGGAAUUGCAAAGAAGCUCAAAGGGUCACAAUGAUUUUUCAUCUUCCACUACAUUUCUGUAUCCAUUAUUAUAUAGUCUAAUCAAAUAAGAUGUCAUGUUUGUAACAUAAAGGGGGAAAAGAGUUGGACAAUUAAUUAACCUGUGUUGAUAACUUUAAAAUUUGUUAC